AUGUUUAUGUCGCGCCGGUCAAUUAAACUACAGCGCUGCGUGUUUUCUCGUCGUGGGCUGGCGACGGCGGCGCUGAGUCGCUUUGAACCAGAGAAGCGUGUGGACUUCGGUAAAUUCACAUCCAAAAUUGGAACUUUGCGUGAGAGGUUAAAGCGCCCAUUGACGUACGCAGAAAAAGUCCUGUAUAGCCAUCUAGAUGACGAAUUCGACCAGGAUAUCGUCCGGGGCCAGACGCAGUUACGGCUGCGUCCUAUCCGCAUUGCCUGCCAAGAUGCCACCGCACAGAUGGCCUUGAUCCAGUUCAUGUCUGCUGGUAUGGACACAGCUGCAGUACCCACUACCGUGCAUUGCGAUCACCUGAUCGUGAGUCGCGAUGGCGAAGACCAAGAUCUCCCGCGAGCGCUGGAGGCGCACCGUGAAGUCUAUGACUUCAUGGGCAGUGCUUGCCAGAAGUACGGAAUGGGUUUCUGGAAGCCCGGGGCCGGUAUCAUCCACCAGAUUGUGCUGGAGAACUACGCGUAUCCAGCCGGGAUGAUGGUUGGUACGGAUUCUCACACCCCUAACGCGGGUGGAAUGGGUAUGAUUGCUAUUGGUGUUGGUGGUGCAGAUGCAGUUGAUGUUAUGGCUGGUUUGCCGUUCGAAUUGACCGCGCCUAAAGUGCUUGGUGUACGACUCCAUGGUGCAUUGUCUGGAUGGGCCUCGCCCAAGGAUAUUAUCAACAAGCUUGCGGGCCUCAUCUCCGUCAAGGGAGGGACUGGCUCCAUUAUUGAGUACUUCGGUCCCGGCACACAAACACUAUCGGCGACGGGCAUGGCUACGGUGUGCAAUAUGGGAGCUGAGACCGGUGCUACAACUUCGAUCUUCCCUUAUGCCUCACCAAUGAGCCAGUACCUGCAUGCCAAUAGGCGCCCUGAUAUGGCCGCUGCUGUGGAUGGGAUUGCGCACGAGCUCCAAGCUGAUGUAGGGGCCGAAUAUGACCAGGUCAUCGACAUUGACCUAUCAACCCUUGAACCCCUUAUCAACGGGCCCUUCACUCCUGACCUGUCUACUCCUAUCUCAAAGUUUGGAUCAGCUGCGGAGGAAAAUAAAUGGCCAUCCUUGACAGCAGGCCUGAUUGGGUCAUGCACCAACUCUUCAUUCCAGGACUUGACACGGGCAGCUAGUGUUGCUCAACAAGCGCUGGACGCUGGUAUGGAACCUGCCAUGCCCUUACUCCUGUCCCCAGGUAGUCUGCAAACACGGGAUACACUGGAGGAAGCUGGCAUCCUGCAAGUCUUUGAAAAGGCCGGGGCUACCAUGCUCCCCAAUGCUUGUGGACCGUGCUGCGGGUCGUGGGAUCGCGCUGAUAUGAAAAAGGGAACCGAAAACUCGAUCAUCACCUCGUAUAACCGCAACUUCUCUGGACGCUUGGACAGCAACCCAGCUACACACAUCUUUCUCGCCUCUCCGGAAGUUGUCAUGGCCAAGGUCUUCUCCCAGGACCUAGGCUUCAAUCCAGCAAGUGAUACCUUGACAACGCCAUCCGGGGAGAAGUUUCAGUUCAAUCCCCCAACCGGAGAGACUCUCCCAAGUGAAGGGUAUCUUGACUCAGACAGAGCAUAUGUUCCACCUCCAUCCGGCGAUCGUUCCGAGCUAGAGGUCGAUAUCCACUCCAGCUCCCAGCGUCUCCAGAAGCUAGCACCCUUUAGCUCUUGGUCAGGUGCAGACUUCAAUGAUUGCCUGAUACUUAUCAAGACAAAGGGUAAAUGUACAACAGAUCACAUCACUCCCGCAGGCCCGUGGUUCCGAUUCCGCGGGCACCUGGAGAAUAUCUCUAACAACACACUCAUCGGCGCUGUGAAUGCAGAAACGGAGAAUGUAAACAAAGUCCACAACCAAAUCACAAAUACUGACGGGGAUGUUCCGGGUACAGCAAGGCAUUAUCAAUCCCAAGGUCGGCAGUGGGUGGUGGUAGCAGACCACAACUAUGGGGAAGGGUCAUCUCGUGAACAUGCAGCGCUUCAACCACGAUAUCUAGGAGGUGUUGCCAUCAUAGCGAAGAGCUUUGCACGAAUCCAUGAGGCGAACCUCAAGAAGCAGGGGAUGUUGGCUGGUACUUUCACUGAUGAGGCGGAUUAUGAUCGCAUUCGGGCUUCGGAUUUGAUCAGCAUCGUUAACCUGGGAGGUUUCGCACCGGGGAGGCCAUUAACCAUGAAGGUUGCCCCUACCGAUGGACGAGAGGCUUGGGAAGCAUCAUUGAAGCAUACAUUUACCCAGGAGCAGAUCGAGUAUUUCAAAGCCGGGAGUGCGCUGAACUUGAUGGCGAGGAGGGCAUAA